UCCUGCGUCUCUGUCUCCCCCUCCUGUCCUCAGUACCAGCCUGCGUUUCCCUUUAUUAUUUUCCACUCAGUUUCUCGCAGUUUAAAAUGGCGGCGUUGAGCAGCGCCGAGUCCCCACCGCCCGUCUUUAACGGAGACCCCGCGGAGCGGGAGCCGGGCAGGAAGCGGGGCCUGGACGAGCUGGGCACUAGGCUGGACUCCUCUUGCUCGUCGGUGAUCCCCGGAGGUCCACAGCAUGAGGAGAUCUGGAAUAUCAAACAGAUGAUAAAAUUAACACAAGAGCACUUAGAGGCUCUUCUGGACAAGUUUGGAGGAGAACACAAUCCUCCCUCCAUAUAUCUAGAGGCCUAUGAGGAGUACACCAGUAAACUGGAUGCCCUGCAGCAGAGGGAGCAGCAGUUGCUGGAGGCCAUGGGGAAUGGUACAGACUUCUCCUGCUCUCCUUCUCCUGUGCCAGCCCUCCUGGAGGUCAAGAUGGGAGGUUGUGGUGUUGGAGGUGGGGCUCAGGCCUUUCCCUCAGCCCCCAACACUCUGACUGUUCUGCAGACCCCGACGGAUACCAGCCGAACCAACCCUCGUUCCCCCCAGAAGCCCAUUGUUAGGGUCUUCCUGCCAAACAAACAGAGAACAGUGGUCCCGGCCCGCUGCGGGAUGACUGUGAGAGAUUCACUAAAGAAAGCUCUGAUGAUGCGAGGCCUCAUUCCGGAGUGCUGUGCAGUGUACAGGAUACAGGAUGGAGAGAAGAGGCCUAUUGGCUGGGAUACAGACAUCUCUUGGCUGACAGGAGAGGAGUUGCAUGUAGAAGUGUUGGAGAAUGUACCACUCACUACACACAACUUUGUGAGGAAGACUUUCUUCACACUGGCCUUCUGCGACUUCUGCAGAAAGCUGCUGUUCCAGGGUUUUCGCUGUCAGACCUGUGGCUACAAGUUCCACCAACGCUGCAGCACUGAGGUUCCUCUCAUGUGUGUCAACUACGACCAGCUAGACCUGCUUUUAGUGUCCAAGUUCUUUGAACAUCACCCAUUCACCCAAGAAGAAGUCUCCUCAGAGGGAACUACUCCUGUGUCUGAGGCCUGUCCCUCACUUCCCCCAUCUGAGUCCACAGGGUCUCUAUGCCACACCACUGUGUCCCCAUCUAAGUCCAUACCUAUUCCACCCAGUUUCCGGCCUAACGAGGAGGACCACCGCAACCAGUUUGGCCAGCGGGACCGUUCAUCCUCUGCUCCUAACGUCCAUAUUAACACCAUCGAGCCUGUCAACAUUGAUGACCUGAUUCGAGAUCAGGGUUUACCAAGGUCAGAUGGAGCCCCCCUGACCCACCCUGCCCGCUGCUUGAGGAAGCACCGAACACGGACCUCAAGCCCCCUUCUAUACUCCUACCCCAAUGACAUAGUGUUUGAUUUUGAGCCUGAGCCUGUUUUCCGAGGCUCCACCACAGGGCUGUCAGCUACACCCCCUGCUUCUUUACCUGGCUCUCUGACCAACGUCAAGGUUCCACAGAAGUCACCAUGCCAACAGAGAGAACGCAAAUCAUCAUCGUCGUCUGAGGACCGCAAUAAGAUGAAAACCCUGGGGAGAAGGGACUCCAGUGAUGACUGGGAAAUACCUGAGGGCCAGAUCACACUGGGCCAGAGGAUAGGCUCUGGAUCCUUUGGAACUGUCUUCAAGGGAAAGUGGCACGGUGAUGUGGCAGUGAAAAUGUUGAAUGUCACUGCUCCUACACCACAGCAGCUUCAGGCCUUCAAGAAUGAAGUGGGAGUCCUCAGGAAAACGCGUCAUGUGAACAUCCUACUGUUCAUGGGCUACACCACCAAGCCUCAGCUGGCCAUAGUGACCCAGUGGUGUGAAGGCUCCAGUCUGUACCACCACCUACACAUCAUCGAGACCAAGUUUGAGAUGAUCAAGCUGAUUGACAUUGCCCGGCAGACCGCUCAGGGCAUGGAUUACCUCCAUGCCAAAUCAAUCAUCCACAGAGAUUUGAAGAGCAACAAUAUUUUCCUCCACGAGGAUCUAACAGUGAAGAUCGGUGACUUUGGGCUCGCUACGGUCAAGUCCCGUUGGAGUGGCUCACACCAGUUUGAACAGCUGUCUGGCUCUAUACUGUGGAUGGCUCCAGAGGUGAUCCGCCUGCAGGAUAAGAAUCCCUACAGCUUCCAGUCAGAUGUCUAUGCCUUUGGCAUCGUGCUAUAUGAGCUCAUGUCAGGGGCACUGCCCUACUCGAACAUCAACAACAGAGACCAGAUCAUAUUUAUGGUGGGUCGAGGUUACCUGUCUCCUGACCUCAGUAAGGUGCGCAGCAACUGUCCGAAGGCAAUGAAGAGACUGAUGGCUGACUGCCUGAAGAAGAAGAGAGAGGAGCGACCUCUCUUUCCUCAGAUCUUGGCAUCCAUCGAGCUGCUGGCUCGCUCAUUACCCAAAAUCCACCGCAGCGCCUCAGAGCCUUCAUUGAAUCGAGCCGGCUUUCAGACGGAAGAUUUCAGCUUGUAUGCCUGUGCCUCACCCAAAACCCCCAUCCAGGCAGGGGGCUAUGGGGAGUUUUCAGCAUUUAAGUAAGUGCUACAGAUUCCACCAGUCCAUCUCUCGUCACUUCUCAAGUCUUGUGUCCCUGCGGUGGAUUCAUUCAUUACUGAAAAAAAUGAAAACAUAGUCUCAAAGAAUGUGCUGUUUUCUUCCUCUGUCAACCUGAAGAAGGCUAACUCACUGGAGGCAAAAAAAAAAAAAAAAAAAA